AUGAAGUUUACCCUGUUGCUUGUUAUUGUGGCUAUACUAUUUACAUAUCUUGCUCACGCCGGAGUUUGUCCGGAAAGUAAAUAUCCUUCGCCCCAGAAUCAGACCGACAACCGUCCUGCCGUUCCAAAUAACGGGACAGCCCAGCCACAGACUCCAGAUUCUAAUCCAAACAGCAACCCGCCUCCCGCUGCUGUUGCCAGUACUUGUCUUGAUCUUGAUAAAUCUGAUGAAUCUUUUAUUCAAUCAAAACAGACAAACCAGUAUCUCGCUGCUUGUGAAAAAUGCGCCACGUCUACGCAUAGUGUUAUGGCUAUGAUAUUCGCCAACCGUGGCGACGAACCUGCCCGUUGGAGAUUUGAAAGUAUUGGGGGGAAAUGUGCCAUUAAAAAUCUCCACUACAAUAUGUAUCUCAGCAAUUGUCCUGAUUGUAUAUCUGGCAGUGGCAGUGGCUUUGGCUUGCCUGCAGUUGCUCUUUACAAAACCUCCGUGGACAAAAGCUCACUUGAUGAACUUUGGGAAGUUAUACGGGAUGAUCAAGGACAUUUCACUUUCCGAGUUGCCUCUUCGGGGCAGUACUUAUCUCUCUGUCAGGGAUGCUUCCCCGGCAAAAACACUAUGCGAACACAAGCAACCCUUCAAACAAGACCGUCUGGUACCUCUUCUGCGCCCUCAUAUAUGCUUUGGGAUGUAGUUACUUCUACAGCCGCGCCUGCUGCCUAA